AAAAGAUAGAAGGAACCGAAGCAUUGCCGAGGCCCUUGCUCGAGAGGAAGGUGAUUAGGAAUUUCUCCUGAUCGAGUCGCCGACCUGCUUCGUCCGUCGGCUAGUCCUUCCAUUUUAUUGCUUAAUGCCGAUCCCCAUCGCCCCUCCCAUAACCCCCAUCACCACCACCAAACCCAACCGUCUUUGCAGAAUUUAACUGUUCACUCAGUUUCCUACACGCCACCGCCUCUCUCUCAAAGCCUCACCCUUCCAAAAUUUACACGACCCGCCGGUCUCACGCUCUGCAACGUCCCUAUUCCUUCACCCUCGCCCCCAAUUCCAUGUUCUAGGAUUUGUAUUUCCUUUUCCGCUUUCGGUGGGUCCUUUCUCUUUCGGGUUAGCUUCGAGCUAACUUUCCAAUUCCAUGGGAUCGUUCGGGAUGGGGCUUUGGGGGUUCCAUGUCGCCUUAGCCGUGUUGCUCUCGGGGAGCCUUACUUGCGCCGCCCGACCGCCUGCGGUUUAUCUUGCGGGCAGCGUUUGUUCUCCCGCGUCCCUCUCCGAAUCGAUCUUAGGGUUUCGUGAUUGGAGCUGCUCGCUUGGCGAUGCUGUUGGAUCCAACGAAUAUGUUGGUGUCACCGAGGGAGAUGAAAUUUCAUUGCAAAAGGCAUUAAAUAUGGUCCACAAGAAUAAUCAUGAUUAUGUGGCUGUCCUCUUCUACGCAUCUUGGUGCCCUUUCUCUAGGAUAUUUAGACCAAUCUUCUCCAUCAUGUCUUCCCAGUACCCUUCCAUUCCACAUUUUGCAAUUGAAGAGUCAACUGUCAGGCCUAGUAUACUAUCAAAAUAUGGUGUCCAUGGCUUCCCUACACUAUUCAUUUUAAAUUCUACCAUGCGUGUUCGUUAUCAUGGGUCCCGAACCCUUAUCUCUCUAUUAGAUUUCUAUAGUGAUGUUACUGGGAUCAGGAGUUUUUCACAUGGCCAGCUGUCUCUUGAGAAAAUUGGGAGCCUAUCAGUCCUCGAGAAACAUGGACACACUGAGCCAGAAAGUUGUCCAUUUUCUUGGGCAAGAUCGCCAGAAAAUUUGCUGCGGCAGGAGACAUAUUUAGCUCUGGCUACUGCCUUUGUGCUUUUGAGACUACUAUACUUCAUUUUCCCUACACUGCUUAAAUGCUUUCAAUGUGUUUGGAAAAGUGUUAUCCAAAAUAUUAGAUUAGGGAGUUUGUUGGAACAUCCUUUGGUAUAUCUGAAGCGAAUAAUGCAGUCCAUAAGCUGUCUAAGAGUGCCUUGCAAGAGAAGUAACCUGCAGGAAGGAGCACUGAAUGCUAAAGUUUGGGCUUCCAAAUCCCUUGCCACAGUUUCAAUUGGGGAGGGUAGCACCAGCCGUGUGAUGCACCAGUAAGCUGAUUGCACUGGUGACCAGAUUUCUUUGAUGAGCGUAUACCCUCUGAAAGGCUUGGCGGCAAUGUAGAGCGUGGAACUCGUGUUAUAGGAUUUAUCUUCAGACCCCUUCAUGGGUGGUACGUGGCUUGAUGAUCAUUAAGAAGGUUAUCAGGUUCCUGAAUGAAUAAAUUACUCCUUCCACAUUUGGCCACAUGAUUUAGAAUACUUAUGCAUUUGGCAUGAUAGAAAUUUGGGACUUCGAUGUGAAUAGCUUUUAUAAUUAGCAAACUCAAGCUGAAGUCUUUAAUUCUUUGCCUUGUAGGCUUACAUGAAGGCCCAUUGUUGACCAUCACUACAUAAAUUAUUUCUUGUUGAGAAUGAA